UCCGCACGUGUAAUGGCAGCGUGCAAUGAAUCGAACAAAGCUGCCUUUUUUUUCUACUAAAUUUGAAUACCCGUACAAUCGCAGUUGUAACUAUAACAGUCAACCAGAUGUUCAAAGGCGUGUUCGUUUGCUCGGUAUGCGAAUUUCUGAGUUAAUGUUGAUCGAUCGGCUUCGCCGCUUGCUGCUGCGUUAUAUUCCGAUAUUCCAAACAUUAAACAUUUGAUGGAAAAUGAUAUUCUUCCAAUGACAGACGCCACGAAUGAUUCGCCUAUCACAGCAGCACGAUCGGUGGCUUCUGAUGCGGUACGAUAUAAAUAUUAGACAACAAAGAAAUUCAUUGCGUGUCAUCGACAUAUUUGAUUGAAAAUUCUUCAGUCAUCAAGAAGUCCAAGAUGUCCGAUGAUCACUUAAAUUCGUCAUAUGGGCACGCGGGUCACGAAGGACACACGAUGGGGCACGCGGGUCACGAAGGACACAUGAUGGGGCAUGCGGGAGGCGGAGGUCACAGCGGCAGCAUGGAGCACGUAGGAGCAUCCAGUGGAUCAUCCGCGGAAGCCUGCAGCGGUCACGGGAUGCACGGAAUGAUGAUGGCGUUUCACGGUGGUUACUGCGAGACGGUUCUGUUCGACUCGUGGAAGGUCUCUUCGAUCGGAAGCCUGGUGGGAUCGAUGAUAGGUAUAAUAAUAAUGGCCGCACUUUACGAGGGUCUCAAAUAUUACCGGGAAUAUCUGUUCUGGAGGACGUACAACGCUUUGCAGUAUCGAAGCGUUUCCAUGCCGCAGGAGAAGAACGUUGUUUCCGAAGACAACAGGGUUGUACAUUUUUUUUAUGUUUUUCUUUUUAGUAUGGUCGGAGAGGUGAUACACAAGCAACCGCCAACAAUGCUCUCCUGGAUGCACACCUUUCAAACGUUCCUUCACAUCGUGCAAAUAAUUAUAUCGUAUUUCUUAAUGCUGAUAUUCAUGACGUACAACGUUUGGUUGUGCUUUGCCGUUGUUCUUGGUGCCGCCGUUGGCUACUUCCUUUUUGGAUGGAAAAAAUCCGUUAUUGUUGACGUUACGGAACACUGUCACUGAGUCGCAGUAGGUAUUCCUAUACUGACCGUAAAAUUGACAGGCACAAUCAUCCCAAGUAAUAUACGCAUAGCAUUAUUGUUGUUGUUGUUGUUGUUGAUAUUAUUAUUAUUAUUAUUAUUAUUUUAUGAGUCGUUUAAAAAUUUAAAAAUUAAAAUAUUAAAAAAAAAAAAAAAAUUAUUUUAUACCGAGGAAAUAUUGUAUUGACUAUAAUUAUAUUACUGUUCAACAACAGAUUUUAGUGACUUCCAUGAAACAUGAUAUAGUUAUCAAAAAUACUAAUUAUAAAAUUAUAACGAUAGGUUGUUGCCAGUGAUAUGCGGUGAACUACUAAUAUUUUUCGGGUUUCUAAUUUUUUUCCAAUACAGUAAUAAUUCAUUUCGCGGCAUGAAAAAUCUCUUUCGGUUAUAUCGGUAAUUAAUUUUUGGUAGAAAACAUUUCUCAAACAGUUGGUGAAACUCGAAAACAAUAUUAUACCUACGUUAAAUACGUAUUUAGACUUAAGAAUUAAAAAAAACCGCUACUUUUUAAAUUGACCUAUAUUUAUAAUUUAUUAAUCAUAUGUACAUAUGGUUGAUACUACUACCUAUAUAUCGCCAAUAUAUUAAUAUUGUAUUAUAAUAAGGUGUGAAUCUGUGAUUCGGAAAUAAGGCUAUGCGAGUCUUUUUUUCGCAUCCUCAUUUUUAUCGAUUUCCCUCGCCUCGCGUGCAAUCUGUGAGAAGAUUUUUCAACAGAUAACGCAAAAUAUGUAAGAUAUCAGAUUCUAUGUUCUACAUAUGAAAGACAUGAACUUUUCAAUAAAUUAGCAACACAAUAA